AUGGAGUCGUGGGCGGGUGCGCUUCGUGGCGCGCUGCACCGCGGUGCCGACGUCGCCGAUCUGGUGGCGCGGUUGUCGUCAGGAGACCACCAUUGGUACACAGCAACCCACGCUCGGCCUACCUUCUGCAACGUGUGCCGCGAACCGCUCGGCGCGCUUGGCACCGCUCACGCACUCGCUUGCGAACUCUGCAAGUACAAAGCUCACAAGCGUUGCGCGUCACGAGCACCGCCAUCUUGCAAAUGGAGCACGCUUGCUUCUCUGGGACCGCACGUCGUUGAAGAUACGGAGGGGAACAUAAUAAUGCCACACCAGUGGCUCGAAGGGAACCUACCGGUGGCAGCCAAGUGCGACGUCUGCGAGAAGACCUGCGGAUCUGUACUCAGGCUACAAGACUUCAGAUGCGUGUGGUGUCGGAAAUGCGUGCACGCAGCGUGCAAGCCGAGCUGGCGCGCCGCGUGUAUGCUAGGCCCGGCUCGCGCGUCCAUCGUGCCUCCCACGCGCCUGCACUCUGUGGGCCCUGAUGACGCCUGGGUACCGGACCGACCACCUAACGCUUCGCCGCUCAUAGUCUUCGUCAACUCACGAUCAGGUGACAACCAAGGCGUGAAGUUCCUCAGGCGGUUCAAACAGCUUCUCAACCCAGCGCAAGUGUUCGAGCUGAGCGGAGCUGGACCGAGGCUCGGGCUCCGGUUGUUCCGACACUUCGCUCCGUUGCGAGUCCUGGUCUGUUCUGGAGAUGGCUCCGUGGGUUGGGUCCUGCAAGAAGUAGACAAGCUAGAUAUGCACCGUCAAGUACAAACCGCUGUUCUGCCCCUGGGUACUGGCAACGACCUGGCGAGGGUGCUGGGCUGGGGCGCCUCCUGUGACGACGCGGCGAACCUGCAGCAGCUACUCGAGAGAUACGAGCGGGCUUCCACCAAGAUGCUGGAUAGAUGGUCCAUCAUGACAUUCGAGAGAGCUUUGACAGCGCCCCCGCCUCCGCCCGCGCCACCUGACUUAUUAGAAGAGAAUUCGUUACUCAAGAACUUGCAAGAUAUCAUGCAGGCUGGCGAGGUGAGCUGCGUGGCGAUCGGCGCGUUGCGGUCGGGGUGCGCGCGACUAGCGGCUGCCGGUGAGCGGGCGGGAGGCAACGCGGCGCGCGCGGCGCACCGGCUGAGGCGCGCACUGUCUCUACUGCUACACGCGCGCGCGCACCUGGCCCACGACCACUCGCACUGCAGAUCUUGGGAGCCUCUUGAAGGUACGAGCGACAGUGAACCCGAAGCACAACCCGCUGUCGAGAAGGGCAGCAUAGAAAAGACUGAAAAGGAACAGUUGAACUGGGCGGCGCGUGGCUGCUCGUUGGCGGGGCGCGCCGACAGCGUGCGGCGCGCGCUGCACUCACUCUUGCGGACACUCGUGCAGAUCUACCCUACAGUAUUGCAACAGGAAGCGGAGUCGUGCGACACGUGCACCAGCGGCGCGGAGGCCGACCUAGAAGCGGUGGGGGGGAUAGAGGGGGACGAGGGAGGGGGCGCGGGGGCGGGCGCGGGGGCGGGCGGUGGGGCGGAUGUGGAGAUGUCUGCGCUGCCGGUGCCGCGCGCGUUUGCGGACAGUCGCCGCUCGUCCGCCGCCUCGGCCGUGUCGGCUGCGUCCAUGCACCCGGAGAACAUUCCAGAUGUCGAUGAAGACAUAGCUAAGUUAAUUAGUUCAAACCUACCGGAGCCGAUUUUAAAUUUGAAAGUUGACCAAUACGAGCGCAACAAAACGAACUCGGCGUCCCCCCAGGAGAGGCUCUCCCUCUCCAACCUGUCCUCCUGUGAUACCAGCUCGUGCCGGAACCUCUCCCGACCCGACACCGAGCACACCUAUAAUAGUAGUAGUCUUACGAUACCUAACUUAGUAGUCUCAGACGUUAGCGAUAAGCGAGAUUCGAUAUUACAGGGAGAAACUUAUGAAUCGGACCAAUUGACUAUAAUAGACAUCGAUAAACCUUACACGGACGACGUUCAUUUCGAGCUGAGCGCCCGAGCCACGCCCGUCAGCGGCGAAUGCACGCCCGAGAGAAAGCUUUCUAGUGUAGAUUUGGAGGUAGACGCUAGUAGUUCAGAAGGGUCCAACAUUAGCGAUGACUUUAGUUUAAUGUCGGAGAUUAUUGAUUCGAAACAUGUAGACGCGGAGGAAACGGGCUGUAUAGGACACAUCGACUCCCCCGAGCCGUCAGAUACAACUUACGUCAACUCGGAGACGCUUCACGGGGAAUCUAUCAUGGACGAUAUCAGUUCCAUGCUCGGUCAGGAUGUCCUCAUGGCUAUGAUGGGAAAAAACGGGGAAAACGAAACGUAUACGGACGACACCACCCUCUUCACUUCCGAUACGGUAUCAGAUAUAGCGAUGGACAGCAGGAAUCCAAGCUUAGAAAAGAACAAUGAGUCCAAAAUCAAAUACAUAUCGAAAAUUAAAAAGCCCAAAGAAGCGGAAGUGGAGAAGUUUGGUUUCGAAAAUAGAGUAUUCUACAUCGAAAACGCAACGAAAGUUGAAGAGCAGAUCAAAUACUGCAGUUUAGCACAAUUCGAGGAAGGAAAUGACAUCGCUAGAAAGUCUUUUAGAAAACCAUUGAAGAAAAGUAUAAAGAAAAGGGUUGCAGAUGAUAUUAGUUUGAAACAUCUUAUACCCACAACAGAAGAGUCAUUCAAAGGUGAUGAAAGUCCUAAACACAGACUUCAUCCCACGAAAACUCUGCUGAGCCACAAAGAAGAUAAGACUGAUGACGGUGAUGAAACGCUUGCAUUUCCUCAAGUGAGUGUUGUGGUUGAACCACCGUCUCCUUCACAUAGCGAGGAUAAGAAGUGUUUGAAAAACGGAAGUAGAAUGGCUUCAGUACUGAGCGACUUAUUCGACCAAGGCACAGAUACCUUAAGUGUGCACUCUCCUGAACCCAGCAUCGGGACUACCAGAGAAAGGCGGUGUUCUGACAAUCCGAAACUAUUGGGUUCCGAUCCGGAGUAUGGGAGAUUCUUGAGUUGUUCACCAGCUGCAACGAGAAGAAUCUCAUGUGGCAGCCUUUUCAAGCCCGGAGAACCAGACAAAUUAUCAACAUCAGUGUCAUCAAUAUGGGGCGAGGGUGGCGCCAUGAGUGGGAUUGGGUCAUCAAAGAGCGAAGUCAACGAGAAGACAAAGAAACUUCCCAUAAUAAACCCACUUGUGCAGUUGCCAGCAUUCCCUCACGUGGCCCAGGGUUUCAUCAGUCAAUGUCUACUAGCUAACGCUGAUGCACUCUGUGCUGCCGUCAGUCCACUUAUGGAUCCUGAUGAUACAACUCUCGAAGGGUUCUAUGAGAGAGCGGUGAUGAACAACUAUUUUGGAAUUGGUAUCGAUGCGAAGAUCACGCUAGACUUUCACAAUAAGAGGGAGGAACAUCCGGAGAAGUGUAGAUCACGGGCCAGGAACUACAUGUGGUACGGCGUGCUUGGUUCUAAGGAAUGGGUGAACAGGACUUACAGGCACCUGGGUCAACGUGUGCAGCUGGAAUGCGACGGGCAGCGGAUCCCCCUGCCGGAGCUGCAAGGCAUCGUUGUGCUCAACAUCCCUUCAUUCAUGGGUGGCACCAACUUCUGGGGCGGCAACCGAGCUGACGACAUAUUCCUCGCGCCUUCAUUCGACGAUCGAAUUUUAGAGGUGGUAGCAGUGUUUGGCUCAGCACAAAUGGCCGCUUCCCGACUCAUCAACCUUCAGAAGCACCGCAUAGCGCAGUGCCGCGCCGUCCAGAUCAACAUCCUGGGCGAGGAGUGCGUCCCCGUGCAGGUGGACGGCGAGGCGUGGCUGCAGCCUCCGGGCUGUGUGCGGAUAAUACAUAAGAACCGCGCGCAGAUGCUGUGCCGAUCUAGAGCCCUGGAAACUAGCCUCAGGACAUGGGACGAGAAGCAGCAAAUGAAAGCGCACGCGCUCGCGGGUGCGGCGCCGUGGUCCAAGGCGGCGCUCUCGCACGCGGAGAACGCGCAGCUGCUGGCGUUACUCGACGACAUCAACACGCUAGUCAAACAUGUGAAGUUGUCGUGCAUUAGCGAGAGCGGCGCUCCCGGUGGUGUGGGUAGCUGCGUGUCGGCAGCGCGGCGCGUGGCAGCACAAGCGGACGCGCUGCAGGACGCCGACGGGCGGCUGCUGCCCGCGCCGCAGCUGCGCCGACACCUGGCAGCGCUCGUGGAAAGCUGCCAUGAGCUAGUGGAAGGGGGUGCGGGAGGCAGCACCGGCGCAGGCGCAGCGGCCGCCGGGGCCCUAAGAAACCACCUCACGCGCGUCGAGAUACGGGACGGUCACGCCUACCUGCACCCCGACGAGGUUCAAAAGAAGGGUGGGGCCGGGCGGUGGCUGCGAAGCAGGCGGAGCGUCUCUGAAGGAGGUUCCGCUUCCAACAACACCGCGGCCCAGGUCCGCGCCUGGGGCGUCAAGGAAGUCCAAGCAUGGCUGGAGACCUUACAGCUGGCCGAAUACGCGGACGCCUUCGCCAAACAUGACGUCACAGGACGCGAACUGCUCUCCCUCGCCAGGCGUGACCUACGAGAUUUGGGCAUCACGAAAGUCGGCCAUGUCAAGAGGAUCCUUCAAGCUGUCAAGGAGCUGCAGUGA